GCCUCUGGGAGAGUCACCCUGUAGCACCCAUGUGUUGCAUCCCCAUCCGUACCUGGCUCUACCAGGGGAUGCUGCAGCCUCGGGCAUCCCUGCAUCCAUACUGUCACUCCCCUGCACCUUGCACACUCCACUCCUUGGAAGGCUGGGAGAUGAAGCCAGCAGCAUGAUGCAGGCAGGCAGCCUUAUCAGUGCCUGGCAGACCUUGAAGGGAGGGGCGGCCCAUCCCUUUAGGCGCUGUCCUCUCACAGGGCACAGGAUGCAUCCCUGCGCUGAACGCAGGGCCAGGGCUACCAGGCUGGCAUCUUUUGUCUGACUGGCAAUAGGUGUGUGGUGGGGAGGAGGUCUGGCUGCCAGCCCUACAUCUCACACCUCUGAGAGGUCCCUGUGCAAUGCAAGGAGCCAGGCUUGUGGCAGUGACAUCUCAGCUCCCCUUAGAAAUGCAGCUGCUCCUGGGGAGGAGUUUGGCGGUGGGACGUCGUAUCUGCUGGUUGCAGCCUGCCUGCACUGAGAGGCUGUUGCUGGGGCUGGGGGCUUGUCCAGCAUCCUCUGGCCUCCUGCUUUUUAUCUCCACCACCCACCCAUGCUUCCUCCCCACAGCUUCAGAGCCUCAUGCCCCUCUGCCAAUCACUCCAGACCCCUGGCAGCCUGGGAUGGGCCCUGGAGUGCUCAGCGGUGGUGGUGGAAGUGUUUGGGGACGCUUGAUGGGGGUCAGGGGUCCUUCCCCAGCCAGCAAGGACACCAAAUGCUAGUGUAGGAUUUGCGAACACUGGUACUGUCACACAGACAAGCAAACUGGUGUUUCGCCAGAGCGACUGUCCCUCUUGGUGUGGUGAGGUCCUAGAACUUCCCUGGGGCCUCCAGCAGCCCCAGGCUGGGGCAGGAGUAAGGGCAGGAGAGGCGGCUGCCCAUGCCCAUGCCUUGUCCAGCAGCACCUGGCGCCUGGCAGAGCCCAGUGGCUCAGCCCCCCUGCACAGCACGUGCAUGCGAUGCACCGGGGCAGAAGGCAAUCGUUUCCCAUCUGUGUCCUGCGCGGCAGCUGAGCCCUGAGCUGGCUCUGCUCAGUGCCCAGUCCCGGCACUGCCGUGUACUGCAGCCAUUUCGGCUCCAGCUCUCACUGGGGGAGAGUUUGCGGGACCCCGGCUCCUGCCCGCGGCCCCCAACACCCACCUGCUGGGAGGUGGCAGCCAGCUGCGUGCAAGGUCGUCUCUCCACACUGGCUUGCUCUGACGGUGGAUUGAAGCGUACCAGUGGUGCAACCAGCGUGACAGAGAGCGGGCAGUCGAGGCACCCCACAGCGGGCAGCCAGCACCAUACUCCAGUCUCCAGGGAUGGCCGAUAAGUGCAGUGAGGGGCUGCUGAACGGCGCCGUGCCCGGGGAGCGGGGCAAGCAGGACAAGAGCGUCAAGCGUGGCAACUGGGGCAACCAGAUCGAGUUUGUGCUGACCAGCGUGGGCUACGCCGUGGGGCUGGGCAACGUCUGGCGCUUCCCAUACCUCUGCUACCGCAAUGGGGGAGGUGCCUUCAUGUUCCCCUACUUCAUCAUGCUGGUGUUUUGUGGCAUCCCCCUCUUCUUCAUGGAACUCUCCUUCGGGCAGUUUGCCAGCCAGGGCUGUCUCGGCGUCUGGAGGGUCAGCCCUAUGUUCAAAGGCGUGGGCUACGGGAUGAUGGUGGUGUCCACAUACAUCGGGAUCUACUACAACGUGGUGAUCUGUAUUGCCUUCUACUACUUCUUUGUGUCCAUGACGCCUGUGCUGCCCUGGACGUACUGCAGCAACCCCUGGAACACACCCGACUGCGUGGGGGUGCUGGACGGGAACCUCUCCAGCCGCGCUGCCCUCAACCUCACCCACUUCUUCAACACCACCCAGAAGCGCACCAGCCCCAGCGAGGAGUACUGGAGGAGGUAUGUGCUGGACCUGUCUGAUGACAUCGGGAACCUGGGCGAGGUGCGGCUGCCCCUCCUGGGCUGCCUCGGCGUCUCCUGGGUCGUCGUCUUCCUCUGCCUCAUCAAAGGUGUCAAGUCCUCGGGGAAGGUGGUGUACUUCACGGCCACCUUCCCCUACGUGGUGCUCACCAUCCUCUUUGUGCGCGGAAUCACACUGGAGGGGGCCCUCACUGGCAUCAUGUACUACCUGACACCCCAGUGGGACAGGAUCCUCAAUGCCAAGGUGUGGGGUGAUGCGGCCUCGCAGAUCUUCUACUCGCUUGGCUGUGCUUGGGGCGGGCUCAUCACCAUGGCCUCCUACAACAAGUUCCACAACAACUGCUACCGGGACAGCAUCAUCAUCAGCAUCACCAACUGCGCCACCAGCGUCUAUGCUGGCUUCGUCAUCUUCUCCAUCCUGGGCUUCAUGGCCAACCACCUGGGCGUUGAUGUCUCCAAGGUGGCUGACCACGGACCUGGCCUAGCCUUUGUUGCCUACCCCGAAGCCCUCACCCUGCUUCCCAUCUCGCCCCUCUGGUCCAUCCUCUUCUUCUUCAUGCUCAUCCUCCUGGGGCUGGGCACACAGUUCUGCCUGCUGGAGACGCUGGUCACGGCCAUUGUGGACGAGGUGGGCAAUGAGUGGAUCAUCCGCAAGAAGACCUUUGUAACACUGGGAGUGGCCGUGGCAGGCUUCCUGCUGGGCGUCCCGCUCACCACACAGGCGGGCAUCUACUGGCUCCUGCUGAUGGAUAACUACGCCGCCAGCUUCUCCCUGGUUGUCAUCUCCUGCAUCAUGUGCGUGGCCAUCAUGUACAUCUAUGGGCACCACAACUACUUCAAGGACAUUGAGAUGAUGCUCGGCUUCCCACCUCCGCUCUUCUUCCAGAUCUGCUGGCGCUUCAUCUCACCUGCCAUCAUCUUUUUCAUCCUGGUCUUCACAGUCAUCCAGUACAAGCCCAUCUCCUACAAUGACUACGUCUAUCCCACCUGGGCCAUCAGCAUUGGCUUCCUCAUGGCGCUUUCCUCCGUCAUCUGCAUCCCCAUCUACGCCAUCUACAAAGUGUGCCGCUCUGAGGGAGACACGCUGCUGGAGCGCUUGAAAAAUGCUACCAAGGCAAGCAAGGACUGGGGCCCGGCGCUGGCAGAGCACCGCAGCGGGCGCUACGCCCCAGCAUGCAGCCCCUCCACCGAGUCCCACCUGGAGGUGCAGCCUCUGCAACCGGAGAAGAGCCGGAGCGAGGUGGCGGCUGCCUCCUCUGUGCAGGGCAGCAACGGCUCAGCCCACAGCCAGGACUCCAGACUGUGACCCCCCCGCCAUCCCUGCACCCCCUCUAACCCCUCCCGCGCGGUGACACUUUCGCACCUUCCGCUGGCGGAGCCUGGCUCCGGGCCGCACCGGACUGCGGGGGGCUCUCAGCGCCAGUCCCCGAGACCCCCACCUCCUCGUCGGUUAACCACUCCCCCUUCCCCCGUGGCGUUCGUUAACCCUUGUGUUUACGGUAACCUUUGUGCGAGACGCUGGGACAAGAGAGGAGGGGGCACAGCCCCGGGAGGGCAGGAGCCAGAGGCACUUUGCAGGGGCCCUGUCCCAAAGGGAUGCACAUGAUGGAGGGGAGCAGGAUGCUCCCCAGCUCCCAGCCCCCCUGCAGUCAGGCAGCCUGCCCUGCUGUGGGGCACCCUCUUGGCCUAUCCAUGGGGAUAGUGUGGGGUGGGACCAAGGCUGGGGCUCGCAGGGGCUGCCUGUGGCUGCCCCAAGCUGUAUGCGCACAGGGCUGUCAUGUCAAGGGUUGGCACUGUAGGGACCCUUGGCCCAGGUAGGCACUUGCUGUGGCUCAGAGCCUGCAGGGUCCCACGGGUGGCCAUGGCCAGGGACAGUGCCAGGCACUGGGCCUGGACAGGGAGAUGGGGGCAUGCUGCCUGCACGGGCAGUGGGAUCUCAUAGCACAAGACACAAGCACUUAGAGCACACGUGCAUGUGUGCAUGUCCCUCUCAGACACAGUACAGACGGGCAUGCACGCAGCACACGUGGGCACGCACAUAUGCACUGUACCCCAGGGCUGUGCAGGCAGCAAGCUGGUAUCCCCCUCUCCCCAUGAACCCCACCACCCCACAGCACUCUGCAGCCCCGUUUGGGGGCUGUGGGUACUCACCUGGGUGACCAGGCACUGCCCACAAAGCCGGGCACAGCCGUGAGCAGUGCGGGCACAGCCUGGCACUGCUGCCUGCCCCGCGGUGCGGCAGGAGGCUGGGGAGCACAUAAGCCUGGCUGAGGGGUGAUGGGGCAGGGCCGGGGUCCAGCUCUCCCUAGCAGCCCUGGCACAGGCAGGGGGGACAUUCCAUGGUGCUAAGGGGGAGCAGGAUGGACUGGCCCCCCCAGCUGCUGCUAGCGAGAGGAACCAGCGGAGACAUGGAGGGCUGUGCCAGCCCGCUCGCUCCGAGCCAUCCGAGGACACUCAGUCCCCAAGCAGUAUUAGUGGAGCAAGAUGCACUGGCAAGGCUGGGUGGUUUUUAAAUCUGUCUUCCAGCUCCAGCCAAAGGGCUUGGAGCUAUCUAUUUGGGGUAGAUGGGGUGGGACCUUUCCCACCUUGCUGCUCCCCUCCCAGCCGGAGCCCUGUGCUCCCCAUGCACAGCCCCGAGGCUGGCACAGGGACAAAGCACGGCUUGGCACGGCAGUGGCAGGUGGUGGGCGCUGAGCCCCAGCAGGACGUUCCAGCUCCCCCGGCCCCAUCCCGAGCCCUCCGCCGAGCCGCGGCGAGGGGCGCAGGUUCCUGCAUGGUGCCCGUGCCCUGCCCCAUGUGUCACGCCGCUACUCUUCACCUCUAAUCGUUAGCAAUAAUGCGCGCGUCCCUGGGCGGCGCUGCCUGUGCCAGUGUCUCCCGGUGUAGAGUUCUAAAGUAUCCUAGAUUUUAAUGAGAUUUAUAUUCCUCA